AUGCGAAAUAGAAAUAUUGGUCUCAAUCUCACACCAGUUGAACCAGUAGUACGACAAAUAAAUACAAGAUCAACUAAUUUCAAAGUAGAACGUAAACAGUUUCCUUUAGUUCCUUGUGAAGCUAUGACUAUAUAUAAAAGUCAAGGUGGUACUUAUGAAAAAGUUGUUGUCAAUCUAAAGAAAGGGAUGACAAGAUCUGAAUUAUACGUCACUUGUAGUCGUGCAACAAAAUCAAUUGGUUUAUAUUUAAAUGGCGAUUUUGUUCCACCAAAACCACCUGAACCUAAAGAUGCAGUAGCGAUGAUGUAUAUAAAUAUGAGAUCUGAACGAAUGCUCAAAUUUUCACUUGAAUUUCCUGGAGAAUCUCAAGAAGAACGAUUUUUCGUGAUAUUUCAUAAUGUACAAUCGUUGAAUAAACAUAUUUUCGAUGUCAGAUCUGAUAAAACAUUUUUGUCUGCUUCCAUGAUAAGUCUUGUUGAAACAUGGACAAAACCAAGUGACUGUUUGGAGAUUGAAGGUUUCAAAAUAAUUCACAGACGUGAUUGUAAUGAUAUACGAAAACCAUUCGGUCAAAUUACUUAUUUAAAAAAUGAUUUGAAAUAUAAAAAUAUCACCGAAAAAUAUGAAUAUUCCUCAAUAAAAAUUGAUGAUAUUUGUAUUAUUUCCGUUUACAAUUCACCCAAUUCAUCAUUUGAUGUCUUAAAGCGACAUAUGAAUGAAGCGAUAACUAUUUCAAAAGGAUUUUGUGAAAAUAUAAUUGUCGUUGGUGAUUUUAAUAUAAAUUUGAAAGUCAAAACCAAUAACAAAUUUAUUGAAUAUAUGAAAUCAUUCGGAUUUAAUUUGAUAAACAAAUUAAACAAAAGCUCAACUAAUGCUAAAACUCAGAUUGACUAUUGCUUUACUAAUGCCAAUGACUUGAAAUCUGAUUAUUUUGAAAGUCUUACAAGUUUUCAUAAACCAAUAUGGAUAAGAAAACAUGAAGUUUUGACUAAGUUUCAUUUUGAUGAAACCGAAGACAUUCAUACAAAUACACUUUUCAAUAUCGAUGAUGCUAUAAUUGAUGAUCAAUCUGACGUGAUGGAAGUCGACGAGGAAUUCUCUUUCGAUCAUCAUGCAACAGUCGAUAAAAACGAACAAAUCGACUUAGAUAUGUCUUUUCAAUUGGAAGAUCUUAAAGUUAAUGAUCCAUCUGAUAUGAUGGAAAUUGAAGAACAAUCUUUUUCCGAAGACUACAAAAUCAUAGAUUCAAAGUCAAGAAAGAUUCUAAAUCACUUUCUUUGUGCACUUGAGUUUGAUAAUAUUACAGAUUCUAGUCAAAUUACUAGUCAAGCUCAGAUAAUCAAUGACUUGAUUAAAAAAUUACCAUUUAUAACUAUAUAUAAUAGAGACAAAUCCGUUCGGUUAAUAUCACCAGAAUAUCCUGUUCAAGCGUUCGAUUCAGUUUAUGCUAGAACUCGCACGACUGCAGAUGGCAAUUGUUUAUAUAGUUCCCUUUCUAUAUUGCAUAUAGGAUCUGAAAAACUAACUCAUUCGAUGAGAUUGUUGGCAGUCAAUGCAAUGCUGAAUAAUAGCGAUUAUUUUCAAAGACUUUGUACAGUAUUGUGGUAUUCAUUUGAGGAACAGUUGAUAAAAACUGCUACGAAUACAAAAUGGGGUGGAGAAGUUCAAAUUCAGGCGCUCUCUAUAGCUCUCUCUCAUCCUAUCUAUUCAUAUAUUAAGUUUAUUAACGAUCCAGAACGUACACAAUAUAUUCCAUCGAACAUUAGUCUACAGGAAUUAAUCGAUCGAUUUAAUAAAGGGACAGCAGGUGGUCAUCUAAAAUAUACAGGAUACAAAUCCGACAGGAAUAAACUAGGAUUUUGUGUUUACUAUAAUGGUAUUCAUUAUGAUGCUCUUUUACCCUUUCGAAAUAAUCCUCAACAAAAUGAAAAUGAUAUAAAAGAACCAUUUAGUAGUUUUUUUCAAAAUGAACAUAUUACAUUAUCUUUUGGAGAAACAAAAUCUGUUAAAGCAAUAGUAUUAUCAAAUAGAGAUCGAUAUGAAAGUAAAAUUUGUAAACAACUUGAAGAAGCAAUGAAUGAUUUAUGUGAAAAUAAUAUAUCAACAGAUGCAUGGGGUGUUCUUUGUGCAGAAGCUGAAUUGGAAAAGGAAGAGAUAUCUGAUAAUAUAAUUAUUAAAUAUAAGAAUUUAACAGAUUUAGAUAAUGAUAAAAAUCCAGAUAUUGAAUAUAUGUUGGAAUCUAAAAAGAAAAAAAGAAAUCAAGAAAAAAAAUUAUAUGAAAUUCAUUCAAUUGUAUAUGAUUGA